GACACGGAGCACUCAAACGCUCCGAACGGGCACGGGCAGACUUUCUCAAAAACCUUUUCUUUUACUCGUCCGCCACCUUCUUCUAGACAGUCUGUCGUUUCCUUGAAUAUACUGUCUUUGCUGUAUAUACGAAUUCUGUAUGCCAGUAAAUCAUUGAACUUUUUGGACAUACUAUCGACACACACAUAUACAGUGACUGGGCAGUUGUCGUUCGACCACGGAAAAAUGCUUCAAUUCCCGGAAUUCAUGAGCACGUAUCGCUUCUGGGCGUUAUCUUCCUCUGUAAUUUCGAUUUCCCUCGUCAGAUUUUAUCCUACCUUGUCAAUAUCUCAAUCCUAUCUCUGGACAUUUGUUUGUGCGUUUUUCCUCCACGCAUUCGUCUGGUACAUAUACGGCACCCUCGUAUAUCCUCACUUCGUCAGUCCUCUUCGACACGUCCCCAGCGUACCCGGUGGCUCAUUGUUGAAUGGUCAAUGGAGGGUCUUGGUGAAAGAACCGUCCGGGAUCCCACCUAGACGAUGGAACAACGAAAUCCCCAACGAUGGACUCCUUCGCUACCUCCACCUCUUCAACCGUGAACGUUUGUUGCUCACCAGCCCCCAGGCCCUCGGCGAGGUGUUGACCACCAAGAGUUACGACUUCGUCAAGCCGAAACUCCUUUUCGCGGGGAUAGGACAGAUCUUGGGAAUCGGCAUCCUCCUCGCCGAGGGUGACGACCACAAGGCGCAACGGAAGAGUCUGAUGCCAGCCUUCCAUUUCCGGCACAUCAAAGAACUCUACCCGAUCUUCUGGUCCAAGUCGCGAGAGAUGGUGCAGUGCAUACAAGCCGAGCUCGAUGACGAAAAAUCGUCCACAAAAGACUCCGAUUCCGACCACAAACCGCACGACGUCGUCGAGGUGAGCGAAUGGUCCAGCCGAGCCACGCUCGACAUCAUCGGCCUGGCGGGCAUGGGCCAAGAUUUCCGCGCCCUGCAGGACCCGGACAACGAGCUGAACCGAGUCUACCGGUCCGUCUUCCAGCCCGACCGGACGGCGCGCAUUCUGGGGUUGCUACAGUUCUUCAUACCCCGCAUCAUCAUCCAGAACCUACCUCUCGCCCGGAACAGGAGCGUCCAGGCUGCGAGCGCCGUGGCUCGCAACACGUGCCGCCGGCUGGUGGAACAAAAGAAGCGCCGCAUGGCCAACAAGGAACCCAUGGACCCCGACAUCAUCUCGGUCGCUUUGGAGUCUGGUGGGUUCACCGACGAGAAACUUGUCGACAACAUGAUGACUUUUCUCGCUGCCGGUCACGAAACCACCGCCUCGGCUUUCACCUGGGCAGUUUACAGUCUAUCACAAAACCAGGACGUACAAAAGCGGUUGCGCGACGAGAUCCACUCCCACAUCGACUCUCUGGGCAACGACAAAAUCACCCACGACGUCAUCGACAACAUGCCCUACCUUCACGCCGUGUGUCAGGAAACACUACGGCUGUGGGCCCCCGUGCCGCUCACGAUCCGAACCACGGCCGUCAACACCAGCAUCCUGGGCCAGUACGUGCCCAGGGGGACCACCAUCAUCGUCGCCCCCUGGGCGGUCAACCACAGCGUGGCCCUCUGGGGUCAGGACGCCGACAAUUUCGACCCGGACCGGUGGAUGGCGGCCGACGGCCAGCAAGCCAACAACGCCGGCGGGGCCACGAGCAACUACGCGUUUUUGACCUUCCUGCACGGCCCCCGGAGUUGCAUAGGCAUGAAGUUCGCCGUCGCCGAGUUUGCCUGCCUGCUCGCCGCGUUCGUGGGCACCUACGAGUUUCAGAUGGUCGACCCGGACGAGGAGGUCCUCAUCAAAGGUGGCAUCACCGCCAGGCCCAAAAACGGCAUGAGGGUGGUGGUCAAGAAUGUCGGUUGGGGGAGUUGAAACCGACCUCCCCUCAACUCACUCAAACCGAGGCCGGAAACAACGGCCAUGAUCAUCAUUCAGUUUAGGUCACGGGACGAGACAGUUUUCAUCGGAAGAAGAGACUUUUGGUAAAAGAGAUCUUGUUACUUUUAUAUCAUUGGCAAUUUUGCAAUGCGACAGAGAAAUCAAUUGAGGGAUAACGAGUAAUGAGAUCAUGAGAAUUGUUUUUUUGGUACAAGGACGAAAAGUACUCCUUGACAGCUGUACGCGCAUAUAUGUUACAUUCUACUCAACAGCAUAUAAGACACAACACCUGCUUAAACCUCAUUCACUGACCUAGGUACUCU